GCAAACCACUCGCACUUAAUCGGGUACCGCAAGAUCGCCACAUCUUGGAUCGUCCAUUUUUGCAGUGACACCAGCAUGGAAGCUCCGCUCGCGAAAGGACAGCACUACCCGUCGCUCGACCCGACGGAUGCGUCGGCCAUGGGCGUCAAGACCUUUGGCUCUGUUGUCGCGGUCGCCUUGACGCUCAACUUUAUGGUCGGCACUGGCUGCUUUGGUCUGCCGUUCGCCUUCUCGGUUGCUGGCAUUGGGCUCACGUCCAUCUUUCUCAUCGUUGGCUUUCUCGGAGCGCUCCUCACGAUGAACUACACGCUCGAGGCCAUGGCCCGCUCGGAAGGCGUGCUCUCGAGCGAGGACCCGCCGGUGAACCGCCUCACGUACCGCAAGACCGAGUUCUCGACCAUGAGCGAGCUCUUCGCCGGCAAGGCAGGGUACAUAGUCGUGCAGACCGUGCUCAUUUUCUACUGCAUGGGGACGCUCUGGGCGUACGCGAGCAUCUUUGCGUCGUCGGUCGCAUCCGUCUUUCAAACGUUCGUGCUCGGCAACGUCUGCGACGUGUACGCUGCGAACGCGUCGAGCGGCUGCCUCGAGAGCUACUACGCCUUCAUGGCGCUCUUCGCCGUCAUGUCGAUCGUGCUCGUGCUCAUGGACCUCGGCGACCAAGCGAGCAUCCAAAAGGUCCUCUCGGGCUACCGGCUCCUCGCCUUUGGCAUCAUGCUCUCGACGAUCGCGUUCAAGCUCAGCGUCGACGGCGCCGACGCCAUUUCGACGCGCCUCGCCGCGCGCGCGCACUGGGCAUUCAACUGGCAGAGCUUUGGCGCUGGCUUUGGCCCGACCUUGCUCGCGCUCAACUGCCAAUACAACAUGCCGUCCGCGCUGCAGCCGCUCGAGCUUUCGCACAAGGGCCAUGCGCGGCGCAUCACAUACGUCUCGAUGACGAUGGCGGCGUUCUGCUACUUCUUCCUCGGGCUCCUCGGUGCGCUCGCCUUUGACGAAGUCAACCCGCUCGCGAGCUUGAUGUGGAGCUCCUUUUCCGGCUGCGGCAACGGCUGGUCGACGUGUCCGUCCGGGCAGCCGACGCUCUUUGGGUCGCUCGUGCACCUCAUGGUUGUCAUGUUUCCCGUCGUGAACGUCACGUCGUCCUUCCCCAUGAUCGGACACACGGUUGGCGGCAACAUACUCACGUCGCUGCCCAAGUCGAUCACCGCACCGCUUGGGCCCGCCGGCGCCCGCGACCUCUCGCGCCUCGCGGCCGUGAUCCCGCCGCUGCUUUUUGCCACGAUCUUCAAGAAGCUUGACGCAAUUUUCACGUACGCAGGAUUUUUGGGCUUUGGCCUCGGCCUCAUCAUCCCCGCGUGGCUCCAAGUCGCAGGCAUCAAGCACUUUCGCUCGACGUUCCGCAAUAUUGAGGCGGAGAAGACGCCGUUUAGCGUCCCGGUCCUGAGCUCGCUCGCCUUUUCGACGGUCUUUCUCGGGCUCACGUUUCUCGUGACGUUCGUGGCGCUCUUCUCGCUCGUCGGAUUCUGAGCAAGUCGACGCAUUGCUCCUACCCUCCUAUCCUCCUGGUUUAAGAAAGGUAGUCGCUUUAGGUAAUAACGAAUGACAUAUGUACAAUUCCAG